AGAAAGUGAACUUUCCAUGCCUUGUUGAGCUAUAUAGUUGAUUAAUUAGUGAUUUAAGAGAUUAGGAAGACCACAACUAUUAGAGUCCAAAAGAGUGCCUUGGGUAUUUACAUGUUUUUUUAAACCCGUAAACUAAACCACCUUCUUCAUCUCUACAAUGCUUCUUGGUAGUUAGUUUUUAGUUGUUGGCCUAUCCAAUCUUUCCGAAACACCAACAACUUCUUUAAUAUAUAUAUUCUCCUAUCUCAAAACCCAAUACACAUAAAAUAAUUAAAUAAAAUCCCUUAUAAUAAUUUUCUCCAUGUAUCAUCUAAUUAAUUAUUAUUACAAUUAUUAAAUAAUUAAAUAGCACCAUUACCAAUGCUUUUUAUUUAGCCCAUUCUUCCCACUACUAAUAUAACCGAAUACUUCUUCAUUCUCAUUUUUCAGAAGAGAAAGCUCUGUUUUCUGUUUUGGUUGAAAAGAGAGCUCAAAACAGAGUAAAAAUGGCGGAAACCGUAAAGAUCAUGAGGAAAUCAGUCUUUACUUUUCUUCAAAACUACAACCAUGUCAGUUCAACAGCUGCUCUAAUGGCUAUGCCUUUCUCCGCUUCAAUUCUCCUAUCCCAAGCUAUACUUCCUUCAUUUUCUUCUUCAUCUUCUUCAUCUCUGCUUUUCACCAUUUACAAUCGUAUACAAGCUCUCUUUGCCGCCGCUGGAUUCCCAGCCUCGUCGGAAUUCUUUGCCAUUCUCAACGAGAAACUUGCUCAGACAAUCUCCUCUUCCGUUAUCACUCUCCCUUUCACCCUAACUUUCUUUCUUAUAUGCAAAUCUUAUGUAAUUGAAUCACUUAGAAACCCUAAAUUGAAAUCGAGACCUUCCUUAUCCGCCGUUUUCGGCAAUUUCAGUCGUAUCUUCUCAACUUACCUCUGGAACUCGAUCCUAAUCCUCGCGGCCAACGCAACCGUCUUCGCUCUCCUCUUCCUCGUCUUCAAUUCGCUCGAAUCGUUUGGCCUACUCAAAUCAACCAACUCAGUUCUCUUUCUCUCCGCCUCCGGAGCCGUUUUUUACUCGAUUGUGCUCGCCAACGCCCUAAUCAUCUGCAAUUUGGGCCUGGUCUCGUCCGGCAUGGAGAGGUCCUCUAAUGGAGGCGGUUACUUGUCGACUCUGAGAGCUUGUGUUUUGAUUAGGGGAAGAACCUCGACGGCGUUAGCUUUGACUCUGCCUCUAAAUCUGGCCAUGGCAGCCAUCGAGGCUCUCUUCCAAUACAGAAUCGUGAGAUCCCUUACUGCAGUAUUAUUAUCAUCAUCAUCAACAACAUCUUCGUUUUGGAUGGUUAUGGAGUCUCUGUUGAUAUUCUACUUGUACUCGAUUAUGGUGGUUCUUGAUACAGUCGUGAAUUGUCUUUUCUACAAGAACUGUAAAGCCAUGGAGGAACAAGGAAGACUAUUUUGCUAUGGUAUCAAAGAUGAUGAUCACGACGAUGAUGCGUAUGGCUAUUACGUUUAUGACAGUUUGAAGACUCUGGAUUUAGAACAACUUCCUUAGAUUUUUUUUUCUUUUAUUUUUCUCUUCAAGCUUUCUGGGAAACCAAACAGAGAGCUCAUAGAUUAUAUGUACAACAA